UUCUGUAACACUAAGUUCUUCUUUUCUUGUCCUUCCCAGUUCUUUCCCCCUCUUUGGGUUCUCACGUUUGUUAUGUUUACAGAGCCUUAUGUGCAGAUGUCUAAAGGCUGUCUUCCUUCUGUGCUGCUUCUGGGCACUGGAUCUCUGUCUGUGGGUUUUAGCAUUUUGGUUUUCAGUUCUCAUGAGAUACUCCUCAGAAGAACUUGCCUGCUUAGUGUUUCUGCCCUUACUUAAUCGAGUGACAGACAGUGGACAAUUUACCACAAUGUUUGGUUCUCAUUCAGAAGAUGUUUUAAGGAAGAUGUGAAACUGACUUCCUGAAAAUACAGAACUCUUCUAAUAAUGGCUUCAGAAAUCACUUAUGCUGAAGUGAAGUUUAAAAAUGAAUCCACAGGCUCAAUCCCCAACUCAGUCUUUCCUGCAGCACUCGAGGAGAACACCACCCCUCACAAAAGUAAUCAUGGUUUUUCUAAGCUACUUUUUGCUUCAUUGCUGAUAUUUCUACUGUUGACAAUUUCAUUCUGUAUUGCUUUUAUCAUUUUCUUUCAAAAAUAUUCUCAGCUAUCUGAAAAGAAAAGAAUUACAAAAGAACCAAUUCACACAGCAUUGGAGUGCCUAAAAAAAAAUAGGACCAUGCAAGAUGUCCCACCUCUUACUACAGAGAGAGUCUGGAGCUGCUGCCCAAAGAAUUGGAAGUCUUUUGGCUCCAGUUGCUACUUUGUUUCAACUGAGCAAAAAUCCUGGCAAGAGAGUGAGAAGAACUGCUCUGGAAUGGGGGCUCAUCUGCUGGUGAUCAACUCCCAGGAGGAGCAGGAAUUCAUCACCAAGGAUCUAAGAAAAAAUUUUGCUUAUUAUAUGGGGCUGUCAGAUCCAGAGGGACAGAGACAUUGGCAAUGGGUUGAUCAGACGCCAUACAAUAAAAAUGUCACAUUCUGGCACCCAGGUGAACCCAGUGAUACUGUUGAGCGCUGUGUCAUAAUAAACUUUUCUCGCAAAACAUGGGGCUGGAAUGAUGCUCGUUGUCCUCAACCUCAGCAUUCAAUCUGCAAGAUGAAGGAGAUUUUCUUGCGAAUGUAACAUUCUCCAUGGAAGAGUGUGUCUGUUUUUAUACUAUUAUCAAUACUAUUUUUGUAAUGUGUAUUGCAAGUAUGAUGGAAGGAAGUGUGAUACUUCCAGCUUUGUUCUUCAAGAUUGACCUGGCUCUGUGUGUGUGUGUGUGUGUGUGUGUGUGUGUGUGUGUGUGAUUCCAUAUGAAGUUUCCAAUUUCUCUAUUUCUGUGAAAAAUAUCACUGAAAUUUUAAUAGGCAUUAUAUUAAAUCUGGAACCACUUUUGGUAGUAUGAUUGUGUUAACAUUAGAAAUUUUUUUUCAACAAGUGAACACGGAAUA